AAGGGGAAAGUGAAGAAAAUAACUCGAGUGACGGAAAACACAAAGUUGGUGAUAUCAGAGGAGUGGGAAUGACCGACACCCCACCCAGUGAUGGCCCCUCCCAGGGAGCUGAGUUUGAUAUGAUGGGUGCCCUGGACUGGAAGGAUGGUAUUGCAACGCUGCCAGGAAGUGACAUCAGGUUCCGCAUGACAGAGUUUGGGACUCUUGAGAUUGUCACAGACCUGGAGGUCAAAGGUCAGAAGCCAGAGCCUAACCGCAAGGCCUUGGACCCAGCACAGUCUCACACGCCCACUCCUCCACCGGAGGGCCAAUCACAGACUGGCACAGCUGCAGCUAAAGCCAAUCAGAGUCAGCCAGGAUCGUCUCAAAGUAAAGCCCCCGGUCCUGUGCUUCUGUCUCUAGAGGAAGGCCCCACUAUGGAGGGCCCCAGUGUGGAGGUUGGUCCCAGUGUGGAGGUUGGCCCUAACGCAGACACGGGCCCAAACGGGGAGCUGUCAAGGUGCCGGGCCUGUGGUGGCCGUGUUCCCCGGGACGCCCUUCUUCAGGGCAAAUUCUGUAGCUCUAUUUGUGCCCAGCCCUCCAGCGGCAGAUCGUCUCCAGCAGAAGCAAGGGAGAGUCAAGCAGUUGAGGGUGAGAGGCUGGGUAAACGUGUGCGCAAAAAGAGGAAAAUCUAUAUGGAUUCUGGUGAUGAAGAGGAAGACAACCAAGAAGAACCAGAGGAAAAGGCCAAGACGACCAAGGGAAGAAGAGGUGCCAAAAUUGCUAAACUGGUGACUGCCCCAGCCAAUAAGAAGCGGGCAUGGAGCUGGCCGGCUUACUUGGAAGAGGAGAGAGCCAUCGCUGCUCCUGUUAAACUAUUCAAAGAGCACCAGACGUUUCCUCAGAGCAGGAACAGUUUUAAGGUGGGGAUGAAGCUGGAGGGGCUGGACCCGUCCCACCCCUCUCUGUUCUGUGUACUAUCUGUUGCAGAGAUCCAAGGCUACAGAGUAAGGCUCCACUUUGAUGGUUACCCAGAAUGCUACGACUUCUGGGCCAAUGCUGACUCGUGGGAUAUGAAACCAGCUGGCUGGUGUGAGAAGAAUGGGCAUAAGUUAUUGUUGCCGAAAGGUUGUAAGGACGGAGACUUUAAUUGGAGCAUGUAUGUGAAGAACUGCAGGGGUCAGCUGGCCCCAAAACACCUUUUCAAAAGCCUCAACACAUCUGUGACUCCAUCUGGAUUCAGAGCAGGGAUGAAGCUGGAGGCGAUCGACAGGAAGAACCCCUCGUUGAUCUGUGUAGCAACCAUUGCUGCUGUUGUGGACAACCGACUGCUCAUUCAUUUUGAUAACUGGGACGACACAUAUGAUUAUUGGUGUGACGCUAGCAGUCCAUAUAUCCAUCCUGUGGGUUACUGUGAAGAGGCUGAGCUAACUCUGACUACCCCAGCUGGUAAGACACAGACCAAGACACACGUGGAAUAUAAGCAACCUAAAGGUUUCUCAUGGGAGAAAUACCUGGAAGAGACGGGCACACAGGCUGCUCCUGCUCGGGCUUUCAAACCGCGACCUCCACAUGGCUUCCAGAUUGGGAUGAAAGUGGAAGCUGUGGAUAGGAGGAACCCCAUGCUCAUCCGUGUUACUACCGUAGUGGACACAGAGGACCACCGACUAAAGAUUCAUUUUGAUGGCUGGAGUUCAGAGUAUGACUAUUGGGUGGAGACGGACUGCCCUGAUCUGCACCCUGUAGGAUGGUGCCAGAAAACAGGACACCCACUGCAAUACCCGAAUGGCUCCACUGAGUUGGUGACCGCCCCGGGACAAGGAUGUCCUACCCCAGGAUGCAACGGGGUUGGCCACAUUAGAGGACCUCGCUAUGGGACACACUACACUGAGGUGAGCUGUCCCUACUCGGAUGUUAAUCUGAACAAAGAGGGCCUGCUGCCAGAUCGCCUCAGCGGAGAACGACCCGUCGCCCUCAGUGGACCUCACCCACGUGGGCGACGUCCGGACUUUCCCACAAACACUACGACGCAGAGCUCCACAACGUCAGAACAGCCCGAGGGAGCUGAAGACCCCCAGAACAGGAAACCGGUGACAGUGGAAGCUGAGCGUUUGGGACGCACCGCUCAGCCGGAGCCAGCAGGUGGCGCCAGCGAGCCGAGCCACAAUGGAACCAGGCCCAAACGAACUGCUCCCGUUCCCAAAUACUUGAAAAUGCACUACGUUAAAGAGGAGAUCGGCCACGGCAAAGCCUCUCCAGAUGCCAUCUCUCUCCAGCAGGCCCUCCACGAGUCAGUGUUCUCCCCCGGCCUCUCCGCCUCCCCCCCUCACCGGGUGGCUCUCUGCUGGGACAAACACUGCCAGCUGCUGCCUGAGGUCCUCGGGCUGACUGCCAAGCGAGUAGCCACUUGGAGCGCUGAGGAGGUCGCCACAUUUGUCAAAGGUUUACCAGGAUGUAAAGAACAUGCUGCUAUAUUUAAAACAGAGCAAAUAGAUGGCGAGUCCUUCCUGCUGCUCACCCAGGCGGACAUCGUCAAGAUUCUGUCCAUCAAGUUAGGGCCCGCCCUCAAGAUCUACAACUCCAUCCUCAUGUUGAAGAACGCAGAUGAAGAGUAGAAACUCCAGAGACUGAAGAGGAGUCGCUCCCUCCUUUCAUCGACACUCGGCUAUGAAGACUUUUGAUCAAAUCAGCUUCAACAGCUUUUGUCUGUGGAGCUCUGCGACAGAGCGGAGCAGCAUCACCAGAGACAGAAGCGGAGGCCAUCAUCUCAGAAAAACGUCCACCCCCCCCCCCCCC